CUGAGGACAUUUGGAAGACUUGUCGGGUAUCGGGCGGAGGAGUCCAGGGCCACACUGUCAGCUCAGCAUGUUUCAAAAGAGCACCAUGUGUUGAUCCACACUGCAUUUGUGGAGCCCUUUAACCCAAUAAUCGGAGCCCAUUAUUUAGUUCUGGGUGAAGCAGAUAAUGUGGAUGGAGCGGGUGUGAUGAUCCGUGCCCGCGUGUUAAACUGUGUCGAUGGUGUAAACAUUGCCCAGCUACAGAGAGCCAUCACUGAGCAAAGACAUUUUUUCGAGCAGAGAGAGAGCAAACAAGUCAAUGCCAAGUAA